AUGCCAAUUUCUGGACAAAUACCAAUUGAAUUCGGUAAAUUAACUAUUCCGCACAUUACCCGCGCUUCAUCCAAAUCUUGCGGAGGUUAUGGAAGUAUCGAUGUGGAGAUACAAGACGAAAAACUCCAAGAAAAAUCAGCCGAUAAUAAGAACAAGAG